CUUAGUGUCUGUAUUUACAUGGUGGUGGAGGUGGAGUGGUCGCCGCCUCCCUCCACACUACUGUCUCUCUCGCUCUCUCUCUCAACAUUCCCACACUUUCUCGCACCAUAUCGUCCCCGCUACAUCUCUGCCCUCCUUGUCUCCACGUCCAGGUUAAAUGUCAAAUAUCAGGCACUGCUUUAGCAACCCAGACUCGAAAAAUUACCCGGGACAGGGUAACACUCGAAUGGAGUCUGGCUAAAAACUCAGAGAAGUUUAAAUAUUUGAGCUUACUGGUCUUCACUAGCAGCAUCAGGGAAUGAGACUCCUGAAAGGAUGCCAAAAAUAUUAAACUGAAGUAGCAGAGAACACUUAAGAAAUAUGAAGAGGAAAGAAGGGAUGAAGGAUCUAGAUGGAGAUAUUGGUGAUGAAGAUUUCUCUCGUGAUGUCUCCUCCAAUGAUUUAUCUGGUCCAGAGCACUCCCCAGUCACAAGUGGCCCAGUGCAUGACUGGGAAGCAGAGAAAACAACAGAGACUGACUUCUUCGAUGAUGGUACUAUGACAUACUUCUGGCGAGCCCACACAUUAACAACACUGGUGUUCAUGAUAUGCUUCUUGCUAUAUGAAGCCCUAACUCCUCCUGAUGAGGACAUGGUUGACAAUACGAAGAGAGGUUUGGUUGCAAGUGUGUCUGCCUUUAUCCUCUUAGGAGUAACUGUGACCCCAGAUGGGCCAUUCAAGCGGCCACACCCAGCCAUAUGGAGAUUCACCUUCAUCAUAUCCAUUGUUUAUGAACUCGGCCUAAUAUUUAUGCUAUAUCAAAGUGCAUCUGGUGCCCGGCAACUAUUAAAACACAUAGACCCCAAACUUGGAAAGCCCAUGGAGGAGAAGGAUUAUGGGGGAAACUGUCGAUUAUAUGAUGAUGACAACCCAGAAGAUCCAUAUCAUAACAUAUGGGAUAAAUUAGACCUAUUUGUGCCACUGCAUUUCUUUGGCUGGUGGUUGAAGACACUGCUGCUGCGUGACUGGUGGCUCUGCUGGGUUAUCUCGGUCAUGUUUGAGAUUCUCGAGUACACGCUAGAGCACCAGCUGCCCAACUUCUCAGAGUGCUGGUGGGAUCAUUGGAUAAUGGAUGCCCUAUUGUGUAAUGGUCUGGGUAUCUUCUGUGGGCUUCAAUCUCUAAAGUAUUUCUCCAUGAAGACUUACCACUGGAGAGGCCUCUGGAACAUCCCCACAUACAGAGGGAAGCUUCGACGUAUUAUGGCUCAAUUUGGUCCAUAUGUAUGGGUGGACUUUGAUUGGAAACCUUUGUCAUCCCUUGGACGUUGGUUCUCCAUGCUUGGGAUUAUUGCCAUGUUUCUCCUGGCAGAGCUCAACACAUUUUAUUUGAAGUUUGUGUUAUGGGUGGCGCCAGGACACUGGGCUAACUUAGUACGUCUUGCCUUUAUUUUGCCUUGGGGGGCUGUUGCCCUGAGAGAAGUGUUCCAGUUCCUGGAUGAUCCUGACUGUAUGAAGUUUGGACGGCAGUCGUGGCUCUUCCUGGCCAUCGUCACCACAGAACUGCUUAUUGUUAUUAAGUUCGGCUGGGAAACUGUGACCAUUCCAUUUCCGAGCCAUGUUGUAACAUUGUGGAUGGCCAUAUUCUUAAUUCUGGUGCUAUGGACUGUAUGGAAUUUCUACAUUGAUCCACACACUUUCAAGGUGGACUCCCAAGAUGUUGAACGGCGGCGUGAACACUGGAGUCAAGUUAGAGCUAUUGAGACCAAGCUUAGCCCUUCAGAAUCCACGUUAUUCAUACCAAAGUUUUUUUUUGACAAGUUCUUGCAAAAAGGAAACAAAGAAGACUGAUGUGUUUGUCAUUAAAAUCUAGAGAUAUACCACUUGACUACAAAUUAUGGUUGAAGAAUAUCAUGAAUGGUAAUGUAAUCUGAGAGUGCUAAACAUGUAGCAUUGCUAAUUCUCACUAUGUAUAAAUAUAUUAAAUGGAGAUGGUUACAAAAAUUAUAUUAUCCAAUUAAUUUUGUUAUGCAGGAUGAUACCUGACCUUGUUUUUUUUUUUUGUAAUAGGGAAUGUGUUGAAGCAGUGACUUGUGUAAAUAUUAAGCAAUUCUCAUAGUGCUUUUUAUAGAAAUUUAAUAAUUCAAAGAAAUAUGAAUUGGAUUUGAAUUUAAAUUAUGGGGUAUACUAAUCCUUUUCUAACUUUAUUAUGUGCAAGAGGUUACAGUUGUAAAAAGAAUUCUCAGAAAUUAUAAAGCACAUGUGAUAUUGUGGUUUUUUAAUAUGUGGUUUCUAAAUAUUUGAGGAAAUUUGUGCGACCAGUGUAGCUGGCUAAUUUGUGCAGUGAGGGAUUACUUCAGUUAACAAUCAUCAUGAAUGCAUAUUAUCAUAAUUUCUUUUGCAAAUUUGGUAACAUAUGAAUUCAACCAGUCUGCAGAUAUUUUGUCCUUUCUUGUUAGAUAGGUAUUCCUAAAUCUUAUGGUUUUAUUAUGUUAAUUUUAUGUGCAAGGGGGCCCUUAAAUUGCUCCUGAAGCCAGAGCCUUAUGGACCACCCAUGGCACAAUACACAUGCUGAGUUCCAGUUUAUCUAUUGUCACUGUGGUAAAGAUCUUUGCAGAUACAUUGUCCACUAUGUGACAAGACCAUCUCGAUUACCACAGAGUUACUGCUUUCACUUAUACAAAUGAACGGACUUACACGCUCGACAUCCAUGCAUGUGAUAAUUGGAAUCACGAGGAAAAUAUAUUUUUGCUCUGCUAACUACUACUAAGUAACUAACUGCUGCAUCAAUUUCCACUAGAUGGCAGCACAUAUCAUAAGAGUUGGAGGAGCAUACAAUCUUCAUUUAUUGCCUAGCAGUCCACCCUUACACACCAUACAUGCAUGAGUGAUUGUUCUGCAGGAUGUUUGUCUGCACAGUGGGUUCCAUGUACUUGCUUAAUGUUGUGGCUGCCCAAUCAUUUGUGUGUGUUUGGUUCUUGUUUACUUCAUGUUGGUUUCAGGAUUGCCUUCCCCGCUGCUGAUUGCCUAAGCAAUUAAUUAAUUGACAUGUACCUUAUAAAGCAUGAUUUGGUUUUUCUUAUAUUUUGCCAUUCCUUGACAGUGUCUUGGCCACAUGCCUUGGUAUAGGGGUGCACUGUUCAGAUGCUUUUCCAGAACUUAACCAGUGGUAUGAAUUUGUGUGGAUUACAGAUUUAGGGCCAAACACGUCAUCUCCUUUGUGUAAUUCCUCGGUUGCUCUGCCUAGUUAGAUUUAACUUUAAAGUAAACCUGGCUUCUUUUUGUUUGAACAUGUCAUUUUUUCCUCAAAACCAUCCUUUUAUUUUUUUAUACCACCCAUUAAUUAUUUGUUAUCCACAACUAAUGGAAAUAGUGUAUAGAUAACUGGCUGCUACAAAUAAUUACACCUAUGGCUUUCAAAUUCAAAUUUCAAUGUAACAGAAAAAUGGGAAGCAUCCUUUGUACAAUUAUGUAUCAGCCACAUGAGGUCAACUCAUAGGCAGUUAAUGGAUUGUAAGCCUGCCCCAUAAUAUCCAAAUUGCAUUGUUCCACGUAGUCCUACACCUUCUUGUUGAACGACCUGAUUCUCAGAAUAAUCGUAAGCUUUGCUUCCCAUUUCCCCUUUCCUCCCCCCCCCCUCCCCCAACAAUGUCUUUUGGUACAAUUCUAGAUGAUCCGACUACUUCAGCAUCGAAUAAAUUGUUGUCGAGUGAUUUUGAAAGAUUUUUGAAGGGAUAACAAUAUACAUACUGGAUGUACCAUUCGGUUUGACUCGGCAGCAAGACAUAGACAUCACCUGAAGACAGCCGUGAAAGUCUGAAUGAUUAGAAUCGAAGCGGUUAGACAUUUUCGUGCUUUAAAGGGUUAGAUUUAUCAAAGUAAGAAUUGAAAUAAAACAGGAGGGCCAGAAGACAGACAAAUUAGAUAUCUAUUUAUCAACUGGAAAAUAAUAGUUUACCACAUUGCUUUUUAAAGCAUGUCCUUUUUUCAACUUCUGCUCAGUUAUUCAUUCCUCAGUCUGUGCCCGUUGGCAGGAUCGAUGGUCUUCUGGUACUGGUAACAAACUGCGUGCUCUUAAGGGUAUCAUGUCACCAUGGCCUUCCUCCUACCACCAUAACAGGUGGUGGGAAACGGCUUUGGCAAAGUUACGUAUUGGCCCCACACAUUUAACUCGCAGGCACUUAAUGGAGCGCCGCCCUGUUCCUUAUUGUCAAAACUGCAUUGUCCUUCUUACGGUCGUGCAUAUCCUUGUUGAAUGUCCUAACUUCAAGGAUGUGCUUGCGUCUUGCUUUGAUACCUUUGAUAUCAUUCGCCUUGUGCGCUUUUGUUCUCAUUUUGGCAUCCUUAGUGAUAUUUAGCGCCUUUUGAAUAUCCUGCACAUAUGAUGGUGCUACAUAGCCUUCCCAGCUUGGUGCCUCUUGAUAAGUACUUACUUUUUAAUUUAAAACAUGUGUGUUUAGACAUGCAACUUCACAUGAAUCUUAAUCAUAUAGAAAGCAAUAUUCCUCAUAUAGAAGAGUGUCAUAGAGCAAGAUAAAGAGAUGGGGUUAUUAUAUAAAAGCUGGGGACAGCAUAUAAAUAUACAGUAAGAGAUGAGUAGAAAGAAAAUUGAUUUGGGCCUUGGUAAUGUGGAUAUGUUGACCUUGUAUUUUGUUUUGGCUGGUAAAUAACCUAUUCCUUAAAUAAAUAACCUUAAUAACUUGUAUUAAGAUUAGAAAGUGGAAGUUCUUUUUACCUUCAUUGCCUUUGUCUUCCAGCAUUCUUCUUUUGUGCUUAAUAGUGUUAAUUUGUUUUAUAAAUCUUUGAUGCUAGUAAAUCCUAUUAUGUCAAAUUUCAUGUGCAAAUUACAUAUAUAUAUAUUUGCAGCAAUGUUUUAAGGUCUGUGGCACUGUGUGGAGAUUGUCAAAAUUUAAAAUGUUGGUAAACUAUACAUGUACAAUGUGAAGAAAUCAUUAAAAAAGCAAUGUCUUUUGCAUCUGAUCACUUGUACAAGAUGAUGCCUGCUCAGAAUUUGGACAAAUUUUUAUUCACUAACUUUGAGAGGAAGGAUUCUUCUUGAUAUCUGUUACUAUUGCUGUGGUCUAAUUUGUUUCUUCCUGCUCAAUCAUCUUAAAAAUUAGUAAUGUACCUCUGAAACAAACGUCAUUUGUUAUGGAUGACUGUACGGUGCCUUGCUGGCUGUUAAAUCUUUUAAAUAAAAUCCUUUGGGUACAGAAAUCCAAUAUUGGCCGGUUUUUUGUUUGUUUGUAGUGGUGGUAGUAGUAGUAGUAGUAAACACAAGUAGAUUUGUCUAUGUACAGUACUAAGUCAUAGUAGCAUCGCCUUCAAUGUACAGUACUAAGUCAUAGUGGCAUCGCCUUCAGUGAAUUGGCAGAUUAAAGGGCAAAAUUUGCCAUUUGGAAUAUUCCCUUCUCUCAAGCAUAUUUCUCACAUGUUACUACCCAAUAAUACAUGCAGCGGUACGUACACAGAAAGCAAAGUGGGUACGUUUAUCUAAUAACUGACCCUACACCAUGAACUGUGAUAUGAAACAGAACUGGAAAUAGAAACUUCUUGAGUUUGCAUAUUGGUCACAAUUAGCGCAUGGCCGUUUGAUGAAAAGAAACCCGCACCUUCCUGGCAAAAUUGCCUUGGUAAACUAAUAGCAUACUUUGUUAGUAUGAUAAAUUUGGUAUACCAUUGAUGAAUUACCUUUGGAUAUACAUCAUCAAUAAUGUAUAAGUACAGUACCUCAUUUUUACCUGUGGCUUCAAUGGUGCUAUAUUGCCAGACUAUAGUGGCUUAGCAGCACCUGAUAAUUACUCACUCUGUUACUUUACUCUUACAAUAAGUAAAAAAUAAAAACAAAGAAUUGCAUGUAAUUUUGUAGUAAAAAUGAUUAGUGUAUGUGCUAACAUGCAUGGGUACACAUGAACGGAUGCAUGCACCAGCAUGUGUACUUGCGUUUGUAUACAGUAUUUGUGCUAGUUUUCAUUUGACUAGUUAUUGGAUUCAGAUAUAUAUGCAAUUGUGCAAAUUCAGUAUGUAAUUGCACAUGUUUUUUAAAUUUUAAUUAAUGUUUAAUAUUUGAUUUCCCUGCUUGCAUAAGGACAAUUCAUUCCUCUAGCACUAAAAUAUAAUGGCAUCCCGAGAUGGACAAUCAAGGCAACUACUACAUAUAAAUAAUACUGUAGUUAACAAUACAAUUAUUUUUUAAGGUUACUAUAUUAUUAAAAAGUAGUGACCAGUUGUUCAAGUGUUCUCGUGCUUAUUGAUAAUUCUUGUUAAAAAAAAGUUACUUAAAUUUACAGUAUAAACAUGUUGGGUUUCUUAGGCAAGAUACAGCAUAUAUUUACCAGAACAGAAUGGUGAGAGUGAUACAGGUAGAGAGCAUUAGUUUGUAAUAUUCUCUUAAGAGUUUGUAUAGGUGUGAGUACUGUAGUUAGUAACUUAGUGGGACUUCAGUUCAGAUAUACUGUAGUGCAAGUUACUUAUGUAGGUACGAAAAUACCUAUGCAUUUACAGUCACAAGAACAGAUCUCAAACAUUUCUAAUAAAGCAAUUUUUUUUUUUUAAUUUUUUUAUUAUUCUGAUUCCUGAGAUUACUGCUGAAUGAAAACCUAAAUAAAUUCAAAAGAUUUGACAAACUAGAAUGGGGACAGGUCCCAUGUAAUUCGGAUUAUUGAACGUAAACAGUACAUAUGCAGUACAUAUGUCUUUCUGCAACUGUAUAGGCAUAUGUGAUAAUACAGUAUUUGCACAAAUAUAUGCAUUUCCCUGUAUGUAAACCAUAACCAGAGUUUUGGACCUAUAUCAAAGUCUUGGAUAUGAUUUCUAAGCCAUUCCUUGAAGUUGAACCAGUAUGUAAAAAAAAUAAGUACUGUAUAUAAUGACUUUCACUGAUAGAAGCACUGUGCAAAGAUGCCACACGUUUCUCAAAAGAUGUCAUUGUAAAUUUAUUAUGAGGUCAAGUAGCAGAGGAGUCUUAGAGACAUCAGCUCCACAAAGGUGGAUACUAUGAGAAAAAGACAGAAGCUUCGAUAAACUCGUCAAUAUGCUGCUUUUUCAGCAGUCUUGUUGCAUGUCCUAGGUGGAUAUUUGGCCACAUGGGCUUUGGUGAUGUAACAGGGUUUGGCAGCCUGGUAUUUAAUUAAUGCUCCUGGGCCUCAACAUCCCUGUGUUGCCUUGGGUCAUCUCUAUCUUGGCCAGUUGUCUCUUCAUCUUGAACAUCUACAGUCUCUCCUCCUCCCUGGUAAGUAAGGUAUUUUCUUCUCUGUGGGUAGUUAGCUUCAGGGGGCAACAAGAGGCUUCCCCAGAAAACCUACAUUGAAUGUGUGAUGCGAAAAAGAACGGUUGUUAGUGCAGUCGCUAUUAGGGCAGAUGGAAUGCCAGUCACACUAAACAAAAAGUAAAAAGUAAACAUUAAAGUAAAAAUAAAGUAGACUGCUUGCUGACGUCUCCACAGUGAAGUAACUGCAGGAUAAAACAUAGAGGACAAAAAUUUAAAUACUUUAGUAUGAAAAAAAUGACUAACAAAUACAAUCAAAUAAAAAUAGCGCCUUCUAGUCUUGGCAAUACAGUAUUACAAAAACAAAUAAACAAACAAUUUAACGUAACGUUAAAGUAAAAACAAUAAAAUGGUGCGGGAAUACUGAAGGCCAGGCUGCGUAAAUCAACUACCAUACAGAAUCGUAUGUUAGCAGAUCCAGGCAGUUGAGCACUGAGGAGUAUUCUGAAUUGUGGUGGUUGUUGACUUCUAUUUAUAUGGGAACUGGACUAAGGUGGCGCUGGUGUCUUUGAUAACUGGGAACCGGCUCUCACAAACUACCAUUGCGCUUGUUCCCCGACUGGUGCUCCCAGCCACCAGGUGCGAGGGGCUAACGGGCCCUGGGGGAGGUAGACUGGUGGUACACUGUCUAGACGUAUGAGAAGUAGUAGUUGUUUCUCUUGCUGUAAAUUCUUGAAUAUGCAGAUGUGAUGUGGUAGAAUAGGUGAUGAUGGAACAGGCUUAAAUCUCCUUUUAAGAGAGAUUCUCGUGACAAAUGUAAUGAAGUGUCUCUUUCUGGAUGAUCCCCAGUGGCUCCCUGAUUCCCUCCCUCCCUUCCAGGUUCCCCAGUUGGUGUGUAUUCUUCACAUCUACUCCAGAACUGGCUUGGAAAGCUGGGGGAAGACCUGGAGCUCUACCCCCAUCCUUACUGGCUUUGGCAGAUUUAGUGCUAAUGAGUAUUCGCUAGUUUAGAGGGAUUCAUUUGCUUGCAUUGCUUGGGGAGUUUGUUGGUUUCAAGGCAUUGGUUUCUUUGAACCCAACAGUAGUCUGUUAUUAGUUCACCAACUUUCUGGAGUGUUAGAGUGUCACCCACUCUCUGUGCCUGUGUGAGGGUGGGGUUGGCCAGGUUCUGGCUCUAGUUCCCAGUACGCCAAACAUAACUCCAUGGCUAAUGUGAACUAGUUGGGUUCACCCAUCUAGUUCUCCCAGCUGUUGGGAGCUAUUUCAGUGAGAGCUUCUGGGAGUCGCCAAAGUUUAUCCAGAAAGAGGCACUUCAUAACAUUCAAAGCUGUUCUUUUAAUACUGACAAACAUAAGUGAAAUAGUUCAGGUAUAUCAAAACAAGAAAUACUCAAAAGAUUGCAGUGUGGUCAUAUAAAGUGAUGUAAUGUGACCAUUUGGGCAAAGGUAAUGAAUAUUGGUAGAAUUCAUAUACAGUACCUGUAUAUAGAAUUUUCACGAUCUUUGCAUUCUGUUGUACACUGCACCACAGUUUUGCCAUUUUUGUUUUUUACAAAAAUGUGUUGCUUAUAUUUGUGCAAAUAUGGGUAGUCCAAGCAUAGAAGAAAUGUCCAUGUAUUUUAAUAUUAAAAGAAUUUGGGUAUUGCAUUUAAAUUUUAAAUGGUAGUGUUGGAAUUUUUAUUAUGAACUUAUUUUUAAAGAUUACAGUACUCUUCAGAAAGUACAGUUCAUACAUUAUUUCUUGCUCAUUGUAGAAGGAAGAGAUAUACAAGUAAGAAAGUAGUUUAGUGUGUUAUAUAGGUUCAGGUGAUGAACAAUUGCCUUGAAGCAAAAACUUUAAAAGGUAAACAAAUUAUAUAUUUGCCCGACUUGAGUGCAUGCAAUGCUGUUUGGUGCUUAAUAGGAUUUGUGCUUGAAUAUAAUAAUAAUUUAGAUUCCAAUGUGCAUAUUUAGCCCAUCAGUCAGUAUGUAUAAAAAGUGGUGGAAUAAUAAUUUUUUUUAGAUUAAAUUAGAAGUUAAUUUUUAUAGGUUUUUAAAUAGCUUAGCAUGUUAGAUAUAUAAAGUUAAGGAAAACAUGCCUUAUUUAGGCAUGCUUCAACUGUACAUUCAAGUAAGACAAUUUUCUUGCCAGCUAAAAAUUAUUGGUUAGAUUGCUGUGAAACUUAAAAUGUCUACUUAAACAUCAUCAGUUUGUAUGAGUAUACCCUGUUGAAGGCAAGGAUCCCCUAAUUGGUGCAUCGAGAUUGUCCUAGUCAAAGAUGAUGCACUGUGUUUGAUCACCGAUCCAGUCUCAAGUAAGUAAUGUACAUUAUUAUUACAGCACAUUAUAUCCUUACUGGCAGCCUUCCAACCAAUUCUAAUGAACAAGAAUGUCAAAAUAAAUAAUCAUUUGUGAAGUACAGUAUCAGGAUGUCAUGGCAAGUGUGUGACAGAGGUUUGCUUGGGGAUGUACUAAAGAUGAUUGUUAAGGUAGUUACCUGGAACAACCUCGUAGUACCGACAGUACUGUGUCUUGCUGACAUAGUGCCAUCAGCGAGUUAAGUCUACUGAGGAUUCCAAUGUUGAGGGUCCUGACAUAAAGUCUUCACAUAAAGUAUGAAAGUUUUUAUAACUAAUGAAUGAAUUUGAGAGAAGAUUCCUAAGAUCAUUAACAUCAAGGUACACCUCCACUGUAUGGUCCAUGAUGUUGGAUCUUGAUGGCUGGUUAUGGAAAACCCAACAGUUAUAAGUACAGUAACCUUUAUCUCACAGGCAUUGAAUCCACAUUGAAAGUGGGCAAAGAGGUGAGUUUGAUAUCAACAAAGGAACUGUGAUUAAUUAACCUAGACUAGAGUCUGAGGUUAGUGCUAGGGAAGGACAUCUGUCAGAAGAUGCUUUCCAAGCCCACGAUGUUUGUGUUGUGUCGUUCAUUAUCCAAAUUGUUGAUACUCUGCAACCACCCCAUCUUAUAAGUGUAAACAAAGGGAUUUAUUUCAAUUUAUUCAAACAAGUAACAAAUUUGCAAAUCUGAUUUGUGAUAAAUGUUGUUGCAACGUAGAUCGUCAAUUCUGAACCGAGUGAAGAUGUGAUAGUGAUUAUAUCAGCACGUCCACUAUUAUAAAAAAAAAAGCCUUAUACCUUAAUAUUUAAGCCUAUCAGUCUACAUCUACAUGACCUAAUGUUUUUUUUUUAUUUUUCUAAUGUCCUUUUGCUUUUAUAUUUCCACAAUGUGGUACCUUCUUUGAGCAGCUUGUAUUUUAUAAGUGUUUUUUUAUGUCAAUGGUAGUCAUAUACUGUAAUAUAUUUACUGUUGCUCAUAUCAAGAUAAAGUAUUUUAUCAAAUAGUGGGUAUGGAAGUUAUAACAAAGAUUGCAAAAAUGUUCAUUAAAUUUCAACAGCAGCUGUAUCUGCAAAUAGAAUAAUGCUGUUUUGUUUCCUAUAGUAUGAUGAUAAUUUAUAUAAUUGUUAAAGUUGGUUGCAGAAUACAUCUUGGAAGGUUUGUUCUAUAUGGAAGAGAAUCAGUUCUUGAGAUCUUAGAAUCAGAAUUUUGAAUAUCUAAGCAGUUUUUUAUAAUCUGGGACCUAAAUUAUUAUAGUUUUUGAAGUCUCAUGAGUGUGAUUCUUAGAUUAUGAGGUUUUUGGUUAAAAGGUCAGGUUAAUCAAAGAUGAUGGUAUUGCUCGCAUUUCCUUGCUCAACGAUGCAAUGAGGAGCUCUCUAGCAUCAACCCUCAGCACUUCCAAAACAAUGGUGGUGUAACUAUAGUGUUGUGAAUUUUAUAUUAGCAAAUGGGUAAGAGUAGAUGGAGAAUUACAAGCAGUACAGUACCAUAUGGUAUACAGUUUCUUUUUAAGGACAGCUCAAUAUUUAAAUACAGUACUCUUUGUUGUAUGAUAGCAAAUCAAAGAUAUCAAAUUAAUUGUACUUGAUAUCUAGGGCAGUGCUAGCUAGAAGGAACAUAUUUCUUAAAGCAUGAAUAAGCACAAUCACAUUCUUGUAUACCCGUGCCAGUUAUUCCAUCGUGUGGAACCUGAUUUUUAAAAGCCUCACGUAUUUGAAACAUCUUUGCAUCCAAGAUUAACUGCUGGGUUUUUGUCUGAUAUGAUAAGUAUUGGUGUUUGCAAGUCAUUGUGUUUUGUAAAAGCUGCCAUGAGAAAACAAUUUCAAUAUCAUACUAAAUAAUUUUCAAGUAAACUUGCUAGGAAAGAUUUCUUUUACUUUUAAUUGUUAAUUAGCAAACAUUUUCCUAUAAUCUUUAUUAAACAAGUUUCCUUAUUUAUUGGCAUCAAAUGAAGUAAUGCUCAAAGAAUGUUGAUGUUAAAAAAAGUUAAAUAAUAGCUGGGCACUGAGGGCAUCUUGGUAUCUGUUCAGAGCUCUAGAAAUACUUUUUAGGUAUUCUUCCUGAAUGGGAAUACAGUACUAUAUGUUGAAUAUUUGACUUUUAUGUUUUUCAGUCAUAUGAUAUAUUUAGGUCAAGAUGUAUGAUUUAUUUGAAUGUUACAUUGUUUAUUGUUAUAACCUUGUACUGUACUCUAUUCAGUUGAUGCUAUUAACAAUAUUGAGAUUGUUGCUGUUACUUUUAAAAGUUUUUAAUUUCACUAAUGUUAACUUUGCAAACCUUUUAAUUUAAAAUACUGUAUUCCAUUAGAAUAAUUCUUUGUGUUCUAAAAAUUAUAAUAAGUAUUAAAAAGUUUUUUAAGCAAUCUUAAUAUUCUAUAACUAGCAAAAAUUACAUUAUACAUUUUACUUAAACUAUCACAAGAGCCAUAUCAUGUUAUAUAAGCAUUCUCGUGAAACCACAUUUAUUCUUUCAGUGCUGUUUAAACUAGUCACUAUUUUGGGUUGUACUAUGUCAUUUAUUUUAAUAAUAUAUUGUCUAAUGCUAUUUAUUUGCAUGACUAAAUUCUUACCUGUGUAUUACCAGAAUAAAGUUUGCAUCUAACAUUCAUGUACUGUACACUACAGAAUACAAAGUUGCUUAGAGAGUAAAGAUUUAAUCAUAGGUAAGGAGCAGCAUAUAAUCAUGUACAGUUUGUGGUUUAUUGAUACUUGUAUGAAACUUUUAAUGAGUUGAAUGAGCCUUCUAGCUAGUAGCAACACAAUGUACGAUGACAUUUCCUCACUGUAUUAUUAUUAUUAAUAUUGUACACAUAACAUGGAAUGGACUUGAUCACAUAUCAUAGUUUAAAAAAAAAUUCAAAGUUAGUAAGCUAGGGGAUCCUACAUUUUAAAUAUUAUAUAAAAUUUGGUUGAAGUUGAAUAUUGUUAUAUUCAAAUUUACAUAUCUUGUUAAAAUAUAAUACUCAAACAUUUGAGUUUACUGUACUGUGCUUUUUAGAACCCUAUUAUUAUUAUUAUUAUUAUUAUUAUUAUAAUUGUGCUGUCUUUGUUGCAAGUAGAGUUCACUAUGAAAACAUAAUGUAUUACAAGAUUUUAACUAAAAUAUAUGAAAAAUAUGUAUUGGAAAAUGUAUAUUUUCAUAUACAGGUAUUUGAAAAUAUUUGCUAAAGGAGGGUUCUAUGAAUACACGUAUCAUUAACCCUAUUGCUCAAGUCUGGUUAAUGUAUUUCGUUAUUUUGAAGGAGUGCACCAUAGUUCAGCUGUUGACACUUUGAAUGUGCUCAAUUUCAAAAGUUGGAGCUCACUUUUGCAGGUGAUUUGCACACAACUGGUCCCUUUUAUCCAACCCUUCCUGCCUAUUAGUUGCCAUUAUUACAGUAUAGAAAAUAUUUAAUGAACUGUAGAAGAAUGUAUUGUAUUGUAAUGAAUUAUAAGGGAGAACAGUUUACUAAAAGUUAUAAAACAACAUUUGGGGCAAAAAACUGACAAUAAUAUUCAACAUCGGCAUACACACCUGAUCCUGAAGGAAUUUUUGAUUGGGGAACACAGUGACACAAGGUGAUUACACUUUGAUAAAUAUAGAACUGGAGUACCGUGGGAAAUAAUUUAUUUAUAUAAUUAGGAAAAUAUAAAAUAUGUUGUCACUGCUUGACAGAGAGAGAUCUGAAAAAUAUAAUAAUUAAGUGAAGGACUGAUAUAAUUGAAGAAUUUUAGAGAUUGAGAUGUAUCAAGCUUUUCAUGAUUUCCACUAAUGAGGUAAAGUCCUGAGUUUACAAGUUAAAUGUCAUAGAAAUAUACAUUACAUGAUCAUUUUAAUCUCAGUUUUUAUUAACUGAAACAGUAUUUGAGAAUGUUUUAGUUAUGUAGGUAAACUUGACAUUGUAUUAUUUUACUGUAUAUUCAGGGCUUGAAAUAUGUUUAGAUGGAUAACAAAUUAUUAUGGCAGUUAGUCCAAUGAAAGUUAAUUCAUAAUUAAACCCAAUACUGUAAUGGGAUUUGUCUUUAUACUUCUCACAUAACUAGUUUUCCAAAAUUCUUGAAUUAGACAAAAUAAGGAGGGGGGGGGGGUGAUACCCUCUGCCAAUUGAAACAUGCCAAUAUUAAUAUGUUAAAAAUUAAUUGGGGUAAAAAAAAUUGUAAUACAGUAGAUUUUGUAAGGGGGGGAAGUAGCAGACUAAAGGAGUAUGGCCAGUUGUUUGGUCAGUGUAAUGAUGUACAAUUUUGUAUUUCUGUGCAGUCUUUAUCAAAGAGUAAUUUUAUUGCUGAAGGUAUUUUUAUAUUCUAUUUGAGUAAAUUGACCUAUUAUUAACAGUGAAAUAAUAACAUGAAGAUUUCAAAGUGUCAGUAUUUGGACUUUAAAAAAAACUUACUUUAAAGUUGUACCUUUGAAAUAAGUUUUAAUACUGUAAUAAACAACAUUAAAAUUGUAAUUGAAGUACAGUAUAUUUUAGUGAAUGUGAUAUUUAUUUAAAGUUUGACACCAGUGCAAUUAUUCCAUUUAAAAAAAUAGCUUGUUAUGACUUGUUAUAUGAUGAUUUUUUAUUUCAUGACACUUUAAAUGAUGGCCAUGUGCUCAAAAUACUCUUGCUGUCUGUGAGCAUAAGCUUGCACAUUUACUAGUACAGUAUCAUGGUACUGUACUGAAUUGGUGACUAAACUACAUAUUGCCAUAAUGUCAUUACCUAAGCACCAGUGUUUGUGAAUCUCUGCUUGGGUUUGCCUCCAUAGUUGACCACUUGUCUCGUCUUAUGUAAUUAGUGUCAUUUUUCCCCAGUUCUUACCAGGUCAGUCAGUACUUUUAAAAGGUUUAACAAAUAGGCUGUAAAGCUGUAGGUACAACCAUAAGCUGUUUCUAUACUGUAUUUAUGUUCCUAACUUCUACAAUAUUAUUGCAAUUUUGGAGGUUGAAUAAGUCUCCCUAGUUAAUGUUGUGUUACUGUUAUUUUUCACAAUUGUCGAGUAUAUAUUUGCUGCUUAUAAGAGCAGAUAUAACUGUUAAAGCUAAGUGUUUAGGAUUUGUUUAAAUAAUAUUGAUUUUGUUGUAAACUGAUUGGUGUUUUGAUGUCACUUCUGUUUUGGGAGCAUGCUCAUCAGAAGUUAUACAGACUGAAGUUUAUGAUAAAUUAAAAAAAAAUCUUUAACUUGUUC